UUAUGUUUUUGUUGUACGUCAAAAGACGUCAAACAUUUGUUCAAUGAAUAUCCACUGGGCAUACGAAAUAAGGGUCACUAUGCGUACGUAAAGCAAGUGUUUUGCAACAAGUGAAAGCCACUUCAGAGCCACUCCAGUCGCUGUACCGGAGCCUGCCACACGACAACAUGGGUGCAUCACAGAGCGAGCCAGUGAACAUCUCCAAGGCAGAGCUGGUGAAAAGGAUCAAACGCAGACUAUCGUCAGUGGACGUUCAGAAAGCGAAGGAAGUGGGAGGGAUAUUCGCCUUUCAUGUGAUCAAGGGAACUUCUGUCUACUCUUGGACACUGGACCUGAACGCGGUAACAGUUUACGAGGGCGAACCCGAAGACGAACCUGACACUGUCUUCACACUCACCGAGCAUUACUUCAAGCAGCUUGUCCAAGGGAAGGAAGAUCCAAGAUCGAUAAUGCAGGCAGGACGGUGCUCGGUCACCGGUGACAUCAUGAGGGCAAUGAAACUGGAACCCUAUAUUAGGCUAGAUUAAGUUAAUUAUAAUAUUUAUAUCUAUAUAUUAAUACGUGAAGGAAAAACUUUGUAUCCCGUUUUACGAAAAUCGCGCGGACGGAGGAGUAUGAAAUUUCCCACACUUAUAGAGAAUAUAGAGAAGGAGUACAUAAUGGUAAUAUUUUUUUAAAUUAUGCCUAAAAAUACAUUAAACCAAUAAAAAAAAAACAUUACACACACUACCAUGUAUUUGACGCACCCACGCAUGCAUACUAUUUAUUUAUUGUCAAACUUUUGUUCUUGACGUCUGUGGUCAAAUCGAGAAUAAAUUAAAUAUUGUGUGUUUUUAGUAAUAUUUUGGCGAAAUUUGUGAUUAUAGAAGUAUAAUGGUCAUUGAAAAUAUAAUCAUAAUAGUGUACAAACUUAUAAUUUCAAUGAAUUAUAGUCGAAUUUCUACUACCGGGCGACCACUAACUAGUAUAUAUAAUAUCCCCAAUAUAAUAUUUAUAUUGAGCGACUGGAAAGAGUCUAAUAAAAGUUUUUAAGCAUUUUUUAUAGCAUUGUCGUCGCUUUAACUCACCAGAGCCGACAGAAUUUAUCUCUCUAGUCGAUCGUAGGCUACUGAGGGAUCAAAUGUUUUUAUAUAAAAUAAUAAAUAAUGAGAUUGAUUCUAGCUAUCUUCUUUCCAAAUUUUCAUUUAAAUGUAGUCGUAUUUCCGCGCGUUCUAAACAGACCUUCCACAUGUCCACGGCUUGAACGAAAUAUGCUUCUAUUUUGUCCGUAGAUCUUGUAGGUUGUAUGAUGCUAAGUUCUCUAACGCUGACAUAUUUUGCUUGUCACUUGUAGCAUAUAGAAAAGCUAUUUUAAAAUAUUUAUAAGGUGAUUUAGUCCGAUGAGUAUUAUAGUUUUAUAGUGUAAAUUGAUGUACAUAAUAAUAUGUGCGUAUUGUGUUGCUUUUGUUUUUUUGUAACUUAUAUUUCUAAAUUUCUCUUCUCUGUUCACUUACUACUUAUAUGUGAUUUUGAUUGUGGAAACAUAUUUGGUUAUUGUUUUAACUAUUUCUUUAAAAUAUUAUGUUUCUAUUGUACUGUUUGUUUCCCAAAUAAAUAAAUAAAUGGUCUGACACAUUAGUAUGCGUCCGCAAAAAAAAACAAA